CUCUCUCCUCCGGCGGACAAGCUUGGCUAGACAAGUCAGAGUCUACCACCUAAUUAAACGACCUGAAAAGGAGGCCGCCGGAUUAUACUUCUAUACUCCAACCUAGAGUCAGUCAACAUAUCGAGUAAAACUCCCCAUCAGAAGCAACCAGCGAGCGAGCUCGCGGGUUCGCCGGGCAUGGGUGGCGCGGCAGACGCCAAGAAGGCGCCCUUCGGCUCGUCGCUCGUGUCGGUGUUCAUGCACGCGGACGCAGCGGACGUGGCGCUCAUGGUGCUGGGCCUCGUGGGCGCCAUCGGCGACGGCGUCUCCACGCCGGCGAUGCUGCUCAUCACCAGCCGCAUCUUCAACGACCUCGGCAGCGGCCCCGACCUCCUCCAGGAGUUCAGCUCCAAGAUCGACGAGAACGCGAGGAACCUCGUCUUCUUGGCGCUGGGCUGCUGGGUCAUGGCGUUCCUAGAGGGGUAUUGCUGGUCACGGACGGCGGAGCGGCAGGCGUCCCGGAUGCGCGCGCGGUACCUGGCGGCGGUGCUCCGGCAGGACGUGGAGUACUUCGACCUCAAGGUGGGGUCGACGGCGGAGGUGAUCGCCAGCGUCUCCAACGACAGCCUGGUGGUGCAGGACGUGCUGAGCGAGAAGGUGCCCAACUUCGUCAUGAACGCCGCCAUGUUCUUCGGCAGCUACGCCGUGGCCUUGGCGCUGCUGUGGCGGCUCACCCUGGUGGCGCUGCCGUCGGUCCUGCUCCUCAUCAUCCCCGGCUUCAUGUACGGCCGCAUCCUCAUCGGCCUCGCGCGCCGGAUCAGGGAGCAGUACACGCGCCCGGGCGCCGUCGCCGAGCAGGCCAUCUCGUCGGUGCGCACCGUCUACUCCUUCGCGGCGGAGCGCGCCACCAUGGCGCAGUUCUCGGCGGCGCUCGAGGAGUCGACGCGGCUCGGGAUCAAGCAGGGGCUCGCCAAGGGCAUCGCCGUCGGCAGCAACGGCAUCACCUUCGCCAUCUGGGCCUUCAACGUCUGGUAUGGCAGCCGCCUCGUCAUGUACCACGGCUACCAGGGCGGCACCGUCUUCGCCGCCUCCGCCUCCAUCAUCCUCGGCGGCCUGGCGCUGGGGUCGGGGCUGUCGAACGUCAAGUACUUCUCGGAGGCGAGCGCGGCGGGGGAGAGGGUGCUGGCGGUGAUCCGGCGGGUGCCCAAGAUCGACUCGGGCAGCGACACCGGGGAGGAGCUGGCGAACGUGGCCGGCGAGGUGGAGUUCAAGAACGUGGAGUUCUGCUACCCGUCGCGGCCGGAGAGCCCCAUCUUCUCCAGCUUCUGCCUGCGCGUGCCGGCGGGUCGCACGGCGGCGCUGGUGGGCAGCAGCGGGUCCGGCAAGUCGACGGUGGUGGCGCUGCUGGAGCGGUUCUACGACCCGUUGGGCGGGGAGGUGGCGCUGGACGGCGUGGACAUCCGGCGGCUUCGGCUCAAGUGGCUGCGCGCGCAGAUGGGGCUGGUCAGCCAGGAGCCGGCGCUGUUCGCCACGUCCAUCAUGGAGAACAUCCUGUUCGGCAAGGAGGACGCGACGCCGGAUGAGGUCACCGCCGCCGCCAAGGCCGCCAAUGCGCACAACUUCAUCUCCCAGCUGCCGCAGGGCUACGACACACAGGUGGGUGAGCGUGGUGUCCAAAUGUCCGGAGGGCAGAAGCAGAGGAUUGCUAUUGCCAGAGCAAUCCUGAAGUCACCCAAGAUCCUCCUCCUUGAUGAAGCCACCAGUGCAUUGGAUACUGAGUCAGAGCGUGUCGUACAGGAGGCACUCGACCUGGCCUCUGUAGGCCGGACGACUAUCGUCGUUGCACAUCGCCUCUCCACUAUCCGCAAUGCUGACAUGAUUGCUGUCAUGCAGUACGGCGAGGUCAAGGAGCUGGGCUCCCAUGAAGAGCUCAUCGCCGAUGAGAAUGGCCUCUACUCAUCUCUAGUUCGCCUUCAGCAGACUAGAGAAUCGAAUGAGGUUGAUGAGGUCAGUGGAGCCGGCAGUACUUCUGCCGUGGGGCAGUCCAGUAGCCACAGCAUGAGCAGGAGAUUCUCCGCGGCUAGCAGGUCAAGCUCAGCCCGUUCAUUGGGUGAUGCAGGCGAUGCUGACCACACUGAGGAGGCAAAGCUUCCACUGCCGUCCUUCAGAAGGCUGCUUAUGCUUAAUUCACCAGAGUGGAGGCAGGCGCUUAUGGGAGGCUUCAGUGCAAUUGUGUUCGGAGGCAUCCAGCCUGCUUAUGCAUACGCCAUGGGAAGCAUGAUCUCAGUCUACUUCUUGACCGAUCACGACGAGAUCAGGGACAAAACAAGGGCCUACGCUCUCAUCUUUGUCGCCCUUGCAGUGCUCUCGUUCUUGAUCAAUAUUGGACAGCAUUACAACUUUGGUGCUAUGGGAGAAUACCUCACCAAGAGGAUCAGGGAACAGAUGCUAACAAAAAUCCUCACUUUCGAGAUCGGAUGGUUUGACCGUGAUGAAAACUCCAGCGGUGCCAUAUGCUCACAGCUUGCCAAGGACGCCAACGUGGUGAGGUCUCUAGUGGGUGACCGUAUGGCGCUGGUGAUCCAAACAGUUUCUGCGGUGCUUAUUGCUUGCACCAUGGGUCUGGUCAUUGCCUGGCGCCUGGCCCUUGUCAUGAUAGCAGUGCAGCCUCUCAUCAUCGUCUGCUUCUAUGCUCGUCGUGUCUUACUCAAGAGCAUGUCCAAGAAAUCAAUACAGGCACAAUCCGAAAGUAGCAAGCUAGCUGCUGAGGCUGUCUCCAAUCUACGCACAAUCACGGCCUUCUCAUCCCAGGACCGCAUCUUAGGCCUCUUCAACCAAGCACAGAACGGCCCACGGAAGGAAAGCAUCCGGCAGUCGUGGAUUGCAGGCCUUGGCCUUGGCACUUCCAUGAGCCUGAUGACAUGCACAUGGGCCCUGGAUUUCUGGUUUGGUGGCCGGCUCAUAGCUCAGCACCACAUUACUGCCAAGGCACUCUUCCAGACCUUCAUGAUUCUAGUAAGCACAGGGCGUGUGAUUGCUGAUGCAGGUAGCAUGACAACAGACCUAGCUAAGGGUUCUGAUGCAAUCGCCUCGGUGUUUGCUGUUCUCGACCGGGUAACAGAAAUCGACCCUGACAACCCUGAAGGAUACAAGCCAGAGAAGCUUAAAGGUGAAGUGGACAUCAGAGGAGUCGACUUUGCAUACCCGUCGAGGCCAGAUGUGAUCAUCUUCAAAGGAUUCUCUUUAAGCAUCCAAUCAGGCAAGUCAACAGCCCUGGUUGGGCAAAGUGGCUCUGGCAAGUCGACCAUCAUUGGGCUUAUAGAGCGAUUCUAUGACCCGGUGAGGGGAAUGGUAAAAAUUGAUGGCAGAGACAUCAAAACAUAUAAUCUUCGAGCCCUGCGGCGGCACAUUGGACUGGUCAGCCAGGAGCCAACGCUAUUUGCUGGCACAAUCAGAGAGAACAUUGUGUAUGGCACAGAAACAGCAAGUGAGGCAGAAAUUGAGAAUGCAGCAAGGUCCGCCAAUGCACAUGACUUCAUCAGCAACCUCAAGGAUGGAUAUGACACAUGGUGUGGCGAGAGAGGUGUUCAGCUGUCAGGAGGGCAGAAGCAGCGCAUUGCUAUUGCCCGUGCCAUCCUGAAGAACCCGGCCAUCUUGCUACUAGAUGAGGCUACCAGUGCACUGGACAGCCAGUCCGAAAAGGUGGUACAGGAGGCACUGGACAGAGUGAUGGUUGGCAGGACAAGUGUGGUGGUGGCACACAGGCUCAGCACAAUCCAAAACUGUGACCUCAUCACUGUGCUCGACAAAGGAAUUGUUGUGGAGAAGGGCACACACUCAUCCCUCAUGUCAAAGGGUCCCUCUGGAACAUAUUAUAGCUUGGUUAGUUUGCAACAAGGAGGCAACCAGAACUAAGUAUUUCCAUGAGAAUAGAGCACUCGUAUUUGAAUUAGAACUGUAAGCAAGGAUGGCAAUCAGAUCAUCUAAACUUACGGCGACAAUGGGCUAUUUUUCCUCCUGUUGCACUAUCGGUAUAUAGAAGUGUACCAAGCUUGUAGUUUAUUCAUAUAACUGCUGGAUAUGUAUUGCAGUGAUGCAAAGGUCAAGAAAUCUAAGAUAAGCAGUAUAGUAGGUUUCUAGGUUGUAUCUGUAUUUAUUUUUCUGUCUCCUAAUUAUUCAAAACCACUAUACUUAUUCA